GAAGCUCUUCUGGGUCAGAGCCCUCCGGUUCCGCUGCUGAUGCGUUGUGCUCUGAGCGCUGCUGGUGCUGCUCGGCUUUGUUGCCGGGGAGAUGCGCAGGGCGGCGGUGCUUUGCUGCUGCGUGCUGGGCUGCAGCUGCGCUCUGCUGGCGUUUGGAAGCGAUGAGCACGUGGUGCAGCUGCCUGGAGGGAAGUUCCAGAUGGGCUCCAGCUCCACGCAGAGCAGAGACGAGGAGGGACCCAUCCGGGAGGUGACAAUGAAGCCCUUUGCCAUUGACAAGUUCCCUGUUACCAACAGGGACUUCAGGGAGUUUGUUAGAGAAAAGAAAUACAAAACUGAAGCAGAAGCAUUUGGCUGGAGCUUUGUCUUUGAGGAUUUCGUAUCAGAAGAGCUGAAGAAAAAAAUCACCCAAAAACUGGAGUCCGCUCCUUGGUGGCUGCCAGUUGAGAAGGCUUUUUGGCGACAGCCUGCGGGUCCCGGCUCCAGCAUCGCAGACAGACUGGACCACCCAGUGCUGCAUGUGAGCUGGAACGACGCGCAGGCAUUCUGCAGAUGGAAGGGGAAGAGGCUCCCAACUGAGGAGGAGUGGGAGUUCGCUGCCCGGGGAGGGCUGGAGCAAAGGCUGUAUCCCUGGGGAAACAAGUUCCAGCCAAACCGCACCAACCUGUGGCAGGGUGACUUCCCAAGGGGGGACACGGCUGAGGAUGGCUAUCACGGUGUGUCCCCGGUGGCAGCAUUCUCACCUCAGAACAGUUAUGGGCUCUAUGACCUGCUGGGGAACACCUGGGAGUGGACGGCCUCGCAGUACACACCACCAGGCCCUCCCCGGCCGCGUGCUGAGGCAAUGCAUGUGCUGAGAGGGGCCUCAUGGAUCGACACUGUGGAUGGGUCUGCGAACCACCGGGCUUCCAUCACCACCAGGAUGGGGAACACACCAGACUCAGCCUCUGACAACCUCAGCUUCCGCUGUGCUGCUGACAUCCCGAGUCGCACCACUAAGAGCAGCAGAACCAAACCUGAGCUCUGAGGAGGCUCCUGGCACGACCUGAGGGCAGUUUCUCCUGUGGAGAUGGACAGCAAUCCCCAAAAACCAUUUUCAUUAAACCAGGGAAGUUUUAAAAAAUGAA